AUGAUCUUUACCGCGGACCCUUACCGCGUUCUUGAUCAUGUGAGUCUGCAACUUACUACACAAAGUGACCUAGCUGGUUCGCAUUUGAGUUCUCGCCGAGGGUGGACGCAGCCCGAGGAUGGGGCCGCCGUCCACCCUCGAUCGCCGCCGUCUGGAGAAGGUCUGUCUUGGUCUGUCACAUUUCCCCGGUCCGAUGGACCUGUCGGCUCGUAG